UCUAAGUGCUUUACAACACAGUGAAUCAUUUAUCUAUUCACACACAAAUUCACACACUGAUGUUGAUGAUCUACAUUGUAGCCACAGCUGCCCUGGUGCUCGCUGACAGAAGCCUCCACUUCCUCUGACCACCACCAACAGCUUUCAGCUCCGGAGAUGACAGCUGGUCCAUGAAUGUACUUUCAGAGGUUCGGGGUAUAGAUGGAUACCCAGUGGUGCUGCCCUGUACCUUCAGCCACCCGCAACAUUCCCAGCAUUCUGCACUGCAGGUGCUGUGGCGUCUGGGCCAUGGGCAAGAGGCCAUAGUCCUGUACCACUGCACCAGUCGACUGGGAGCCCCCAACUGUGAACCAGGUCCACAGCAGGACCAGCGCUACCGGCUGGAAGGCAAUCCGAGAGAGCACGACUUGUCGCUGCGUAUAAACAUUGUCACCUUGCAGGAUGAUGGGCAUUACUACUGCCGAGUGGAGGUUCAGGGACGGGAACACAUCAGCUUUGAGGACAAGAUGGGGACCAGGCUCAGAGUGGAAGCUCCUCCAAAGAUCCAGACCCUGUUGGUUGAAGGUAGCGAGCAGUUUGGGUUUACUGCUCUGUGUCGGGUUCAGGGCUCACCGGUGCCAGAAGUCCAGUGGUUUGGCCCAGAUGACCUGCUAGAGGGUUCCCACACGGUUCCGCUGGCUCAGGGCUCCAGACCUCGACACCUCACCGUCAGCCGGCUAAGAGGCGUGAAACCUGAUCAGCAGUACACCUGCAAAGCCACCAACCUGCGUGGCAAAGACCAGGCCUCCUUGCAUGUCCUUCACCCCCGUUCACCAGUGUCAUUCACCUCCGUACCAACGACUCUCCUUCUCCUCCUGUCAGUGGCUCUGGGGGCUAAAGUGGUUUUGAUGGUGGGGAUGGGGGUGUGGAUGGUCCAGGGUCAAGUUCUACAGGAAAUCAGCUCCUGGAGGAACUAACCUGCUCAGAUUUAAAAUGACUUAACUCAUUAUAUAGGUGAUGAUUAAUGAUAGUGAUGAUGAUGAUAGGACGUGUUUCUCAGCAGAAGCGCUUCCAAUAAUUUUAAAAUACUAAACAAUUUACUGAAAGUUAAUAAACAUUAAAAUCAAACAAAAACACCUCUGAGCCUGGUGA